AUGGUCACUAUCGACCUUGACACCGGAUCCGAUAUGUUCUGGACUUCAUGUAAUUGUGCGGCUGGAGAGCUAGAGCCUGGAGUGCGGCGACCGCUCGCCGUGGCCACGAUGGAGGACCUGGACAACCCGGAGGUCAAGGCAGAGAUGCCAACUAUUGUCCCUGCCCUCGUCGUUUUGCCGCCAAGCACUAAACGGGCAUCUGAUGAGAAUAAACAAUGCAUUGAGUUCUUUGAAACAAGUCAAUCUGUAAAGACACAACGGCAC